AUGGAUUCCAGCUUCCAUGGCCGCCCACCAACGCGGCGACGUGCGCUCGGUGACGGCACGAACCGCGCAAAUGAGGGCCCACGCAUCCAGCGCGGCAAUGAAAAGCGACGCAACAGCUACGCGUCUUCGUCACCUCAUCCACUUCCCCACAACGAGUCCAUAGUUCCGAAUGGCACACUCGCAGUUAGUCACGAACAAGUCUCACCGGAGAACAAGCGUCUGUCCGCCGUUCAAGCCCACGAAGAUCGUCCCCACAAGUCGAAGCGCGAUUCGGAGAUUUCCAAUGCGAGCACCAAUGCUUCCAGCUCAAACCGCCGGCGCAAAACACACAUUGGUCCUUGGCAGUUGGGCAGAACUAUUGGGCGAGGUGGCUGCUCGCGUGUGCGGCUUGUCAGACACAGCGUCACAGGGCAAUAUGGUGCUGCGAAGAUCAUCUCCAAGGCUACAGCCGAGAAGGUGCGCGCUUUGAGCUUGGCCAACCUCAUCGCGGAGCAAGAGUCGUCACUCUAUCCCGACGGCAAGGUCAUCCCAUUUGGCCUGGAGCGCGAGAUCUGCAUCAUGAAGCUGCUGGAUCAUCAAAACAUUGUGCGCCUGUAUGACAUCUGGGAGAACCGCGAUGAGCUCUACCUCAUAAUGGAGUUCGUCGAAGGCGGCGAGUUGUUCAGCUACAUCCACGAGCAGCAUGGCUUGAUCGAGAUCCAUGCCGUACACAUCUUCCGUCAGAUCAUCGCAGCCCUAAUCUACUGCCAUCGUAUCAAUAUCCAUCAUCGCGACCUCAAGCCCGAGAACAUUCUGCUGGACAGAGAUACCAUGAACGUCAAGCUUGUCGACUUUGGCAUGGCUGCGUUGCAGCCUGUCGGCAAGAAGCUCACCACACCCUGUGGUAGUCCUCAUUAUGCAGCACCAGAGGUUAUCAAGACUACAUCAUACGACGGAGGAAAGGCAGAUGUAUGGAGCUGUGGCGUCAUAUUGUUCGUCCUGCUUACCGGCACCCCUCCCUUCAACUAUUCUGGCGAUGAGCGCGAUCUAAAGCAUCUGUUUCGCGAUAUUGCCGCGGCGAAGUAUGUCAUGCCCGACAGCAUCUCCAGAGAGGCCCAAGACCUCAUUGGAAAGAUACUCGUCGCUGAUCCGAACCGCCGUAUCUCUAUCGAUGAGAUCUGGGACCACCCAUUCUUGCGCAAGUAUCAGCAAGAGCUGAAUUUCGUGGGAGAGAAUGUCAACGUCGACUACUGGACUGGCCCCCUUCCUGCCAUCGCCGAGUGGACGACUCUCGAACGCACUUCCGUUGAUCGCGAGAUAUUGCGGUACCUGCGUACACUCUGGCAUAGUGAGAAGGAGGAAACCCUUGUCCAGAAGUUGUUGAGUAAAGAGCCAAACCAAGAGAAGUACUUCUACUCUGCACUUCUGAAGUACCACACCGAUCAACUAGAGAACUACCAACCGGACGCACACCAUGUCGUAGCCCACUCCAACAGCGACCAUCACCAUAAUACACGGCAUUCGCCCACGCGGAGGGACUUGGAGGAGCUUCCGACCAACAGCAAUGCUCACAAGCGCUCGCAGUCCACGUAUUCCAUUAUGCACAAUGAGCAUCUAUACUCGAAGCACAGCCUCUACGAGUCGCCUGUCUCUGAAGCUAGCUACGACCCAUACCGAGCCUCGAGGCAGCCUAUCGUCCCCAUUCCCGAAGAUGCUCCACUCAACCAGAAUGUCACAGUUCAUCGGGGACAGAGCGGUCGCAGCGAAAAGCUUCGUCCUACCACCGCUUUGGGGCAUCAUACCGGAAACUCGUUACGCGUUCAAGCUCUGCGAAACAACUCUAAGCGUAGUUCCGCACUGUCCCGCGGCUCUUCACGAAGCACGCCUUCCAACCAGAGUACCCCAUCUCAUCGCGCUCCUUCGAUACAGCGACGCUCCAUGUCUCGUUCGUCCAUCGCGAGCUCACACUGGCCUAGUAGCCCACCUGUUGCUGCUCGAUCCGCUGGUAUGGGUAAACGAGGUGUGAGCUUUUCGCACCUGCGCGAUCGUCGGACUUCAGUAGCGACAACUAGCAGUUGGCAGACCGAGGUUGGAUCUUGUGCCGACUACAUGUCUCAUAGGCCUCACACGUCUAUUGGGUCGUAUGGUCCGUCUAUCAAGACGAGCACGACUCGGUCAACUCCUAGGCCAAGAGCUCGCAUGAGCUCAGAGACGCCGCGCUUGAAGCUCCGCAAGCCAGAGAGCCCUACCAAAUACAUCCAAGGCGAGGCUCGGAAGGUUAGCAUGGAGCUGGGUAAAGUCAUGGAAGAGGCCUUCAACCGCUCUUCAGUCGGUUCGAGCGUUCGUUCAGAUGCUUACCACGAUGCCUCGCAAUAUGACAGCCCUCCAACUUCAUUCUCCAAUACCCGCGACUCAGGUGGCAGUACUCUGGCCGCUACCCCAGGUGCUAAGCUGCUCUUUGGAGAGAGGCCAUUACCACCAACUCCCGCCAAGACACCCACUACUUUCCUGCAGCGAAAGUUGGCGGAGACGCGUGCGGACAUCGCCCGACGACGGAACGAGGAUGACGAUACCACUGAACAUUUCAACGAGGUUCUUGAGCAUCUCGAUCGUUUAAUGGUGCCUGGGGUUGGAGGCAAGCGUACAGUCUCUGCUCCAGCGAAGUCCCCCGAGCGUCAACUGCUGCGCGCCAUCCCAGAGGAAGUCAAGGCCGACAGUGGGAAUGGGUUUGAUGCCCAUGUUCCCCAACGUCGAACUGUCACUGACCCCGUCAGGCCUCUUGGUCGUCGUGUGGUAACCGAGCAGCAGCAGAUUAUCCGUAUGGUCGAUGGAUCGCCUACCCGUGUCGCGCCUCUAAAUAUCCGCAAGCGCAGUGGUGCAAGCUUGAAGACGAAUGCGACUAACGAGGUGCCUGCUGUACCCUUGAUUCGAUCAUAUGAGAAUGGACAGCACGAUCUGCAAGCUCCACGUACGAACGAGGCCGCUCCCGUUCUCCAGAAGCAGAACACGCUGCUUAAAAAGAAGAAGUCGCUGUGGUUCCGUCGCAACACUGGCGAGCAGGAGCGUGAUCAAGAGAACAAGGAGAACCAAGUCAAGAAGAAGCAGUCGAACACGCUCCUCCAGAUCCCAGAGGCAUGGCGGGGUCUCGAUGACCGCAUCAAGGCUGAUCGUGCACCAUUUACGAACAUUGAGAGCGAGAAGCUUGAUCAUAAGGGCGUAGAUGGUAGCAGCGGAAGCGAAUUCCCCAUGCGUAACACCAGUUCAGCUGCCACGAAGAGCGAUGGUUCGACUCGCAAAGGCUUCUUCGCCUUCUUUGGCAGGAAGAAGGACGACAAGGGCAAGAAGCCAAUGGAACUUGGAGGACUCAACUUCAGCUCAUCUUCGAUCCUGUCCAACUUCGACAUCAGUUCUGACAACAAUAACGAUACAGCUCGUACUGGUCCACCGGAAAUGCAGAUGAACUGGCUAUCACGCUUUCUCCACAUCAAGCCUGCCAGCAAGACGCUGUGCUUCCAGAUUGGUCGUGGCAAAGUUCGUCAGGACCUUGUUCGCCUGCUGCGCGACUGGCAACGGUUCGGCGUUCAGGACGUCUCACUGGACCGCGCAUCAAACUCAAUCAACGCACGCAUUGACAAGAGCAACCACCUCAAGAUCAAGCCCGUAACCUUCGUCAUUGAACUCUUCGUCGUACUCGAACACGGACGCCGCGCCAACCUCUGCCUCGCCCGCUUCACGCAAACCCGUGGCGCCGCCUCUAGCUUCCGCAAGGUCGUCGAUAUUGUCGAAGACGUCUGCCGCGCUCGCUGCAUGCUGGUUGAAGACGAAGAGAAGAGAGCUUCGAUGAUGGAGGUCUUGGACUAG